UCUGUGCGUUCUCAUUUUUGAGUUUUGGGAGGGGUGGAAUGCGUGUGUAUCUAUUUCAUAAUUCCGAUUUGUGGGACAUUAAUCUUAAUAAAAAUAGUGUAAUUUAUCAGUGCAUACUAAGUUUUAUUGCGAAAAUGUGCUAUGUCAAUCUAUAUAAUCAUUAGUGCUAUACGAGUUCAGUUUCUUUCUUUUCUAUGGGCGUAGAUAAUCAUGCAAAAUGGCCAACGAUUUGUGGUCAUGUACCUGUUGUACCGAGGCUCUGACUUGCUGGCUGCGCCUGAAGCUGUCACCGGAGGAGAUAGAGCAGAGGUACAGAAGCAAAGAGAUCGAUAGAAUAUUGGAGAAGGACAAACAAACGCUGCGGCGACAAGUGAAGUUGUUACUGCUCGGUGCGGGUGAAAGCGGAAAAUCAACAUUCCUGAAACAGAUGAGGAUAAUACAUAAAGUGAAGUUUGAGCCGGAACUGGUGCGGGAGUACCAGCACGUGAUAUACCAGAACAUUGUGAAGGGUAUUCAGGUGCUGGUGGACGCGCGGGACAAGCUCGCGAUCCCAUGGGAGAACCCACGGAACCUGGACGUGGGUCAGCAGGCGCUGCACUUCAACAGCACGGCGUCGCUCGACAGCCGCCUGUUCAUGCACUACGCGCCGCACAUCCACUCCCUGUGGCUCGACAGGGCCAUAAAAAGAGCCUACGACAGGCGGAGAGAAUUUCAAUUGAGCGACUCAGUAAGUUACUUCUUCGACGAGCUGGAGCGCAUAGCCAGGCCCGACUACGUGCCGUCCCACCAAGACAUCCUGCACUGUCGGAAAGCCACCAAAGGCAUCACGGAGUGCACCAUCAACAUCAACAACGUCCCCUUCGUGUUUGUGGACGUGGGAGGCCAGAGGACACAGCGGCAGAAGUGGACGCAGUGCUUCGACUCGGUCACGUCGAUACUCUUCCUUGUAUCCUCGUCAGAGUUCGACCAGGUGUUGUCUGAAGACAGAAAAACGAAUCGUCUCGAAGAGGCGCUAAACAUCUUCGACACGAUCGUGAACAACGUGAACUUCAAGGGCAUCUCCAUAAUCCUCUUCCUGAACAAGUCGGAUCUGCUCGCGAAGAAGGUGGCCAGCAAGGAGACCGACAUUCGCUGGUACUACCCCCACUAUAGCGGAGACCCGCACUCCCUCCGCGACGUGCAAAUGUUCCUGCUAAACAUGUUCGCAAACGUCCGGCGGGAACCAAAGACAACGCUCUACCACCACUUCACCACUGCCAUAGACACGCACAACAUCGAGGUAGUCUUCAACUCCGUCAAAGACACCAUCCUCAACCGCAACCUCGAGUCUCUCAUGCUGCAGUGACCGGAGCGCACGCGCCCCCAAGCUCGUGAUACCUUGGCGAUGAACUCUAGCUAUCACUCACGAUCCAGCGACAGCGAGGACGCGUUCAAAAGACAAAUAUGUGAUUUUUAUUUUUUAGCCACGGUUGUAAAAUAUGUAUGUAAUUCGACGAAUAUUUAUUCGCCAAAGAUGUUUGGCUCAUGUAUAGUUAUCUAAUGAAAUGAUAAAGUUUGUAUAUCAGUGUAUUUAUGACCAAAAAACAUAGAUUUUGCACUUGAAACGUAUUUUGAACACUUUUUGAUGAAUUUACGUAUGUAUCUACGCAUGUACUCGUAUUUACGUACAAGGGACUAGGUGUAACCACAGGCUGCAUUAUUGUACUAGUUUAGACGAUUUGUAUAACCUUUAAAGUUAUUGGUCUUAGAAAAAUUGAUAAACGAAGUAGAUUUUACGCCUAAAAUGGUACUCAAAUUACUUUUUUCGCCGCUAUGGUGAGAUUGAUUCCUAUUAGGGGUUACGCACACCUAUCAACUCGUUGCCUGCUAGACAUCGUUCUGUCUUAUUUUGCGUCUAAUGUCUAUGUUACUUUUAAAAGUGCGGACAAAAACGCAGAAAUAAGACGUCGUUGUCUUUGCGGUGCGGAGUUGAGAAUAACUCUUAAUCGAGUCAUAGUAUUGCAGUGCCAACUUAGAGGUGAGAUUGAACUGUAGAUUGGCUAUAUAAAUUAAUAUAUCAAUUAGAUGUAAAAUAAAUUGCUCUAACGGGGUGCCACAUAUUCGGGGAGCUCACGAGUGCUCUUUUUAUAAAGAGAAGACUUAUUGAUACUCCCUCCGGGGAAUAAAAGUGUACAUAGGUUUGAAGAUGAGUUAGAUUUGCUCUGUGAUCGAAUUUUUGUAAAGUGUUGGCUGUAAACAGCAACGAAUGUACGUUAAAUGUUGUUGAGGAAUCCGAGUCUGACAUAUUGACGCGCUCAAAAUUGAAAUGGUUUACUGUGUCGUUCCGGUCCAAGAGUCUCCGUAAGCAAAGCAACUUCGCUAAACAUACUUUCGUUUCGUUCGGAGGACUUACUUGAGUUAGAGAAACCAUAAAUAUUCGAAAAAUGUGGCAUAUUUUCUCAUCUCCAUACAUUUGGUAAUGAUCAAUUUGAAUAGCGAAUGUUCCUUUGUCUAUGGGCCAAGAGGACCAAACGACCUUUUUAUACGAUGCGGUUUUAGUUUUCUACAAUACGUUCUGCAGUGUUCUACUCUUACGAAAUGUUCCGUCCCUUGGCACAAUUUAAUGCAAAAACGUGUAAUCUCACUAGCUUCUAUCUUGUAUAUUUUAAUUAUACAUUUUUGUACAAUUAUACAUACAUAAUUUGUAAUAAAGGGCACAAAGGUUAUGUUAAUGAUUGAUCGAAUUCGACUAUCAAAUUCUCAAUCGGGUCGUCCGAUAAAAGGUUAUUUUCUUCGGCAAUGCAUAAUUUCGAUCAUAAUAAUUAUACUCAUUUAGUUAUAAGUUUCGAUAAGCUAAGUGUAUUUAUUUAAAGCUUAGACGUUAAAAAAAUUAUUUACGAGUUUUAGAUAGAGCAGUAUCUAUUUAUUCACUGUAAAUUUUUAUGAACAGUUUAUCGAGGCUAUGUGUAUAUACCUCUUAAUUUUACAUCACUCGGUGUUAAGUAGUUGGUACGUCGCCUGUACGCUAGGGAUGGGUUUGACUCGCAGGAACACUGAAUGCAUUUAAUAGUGCCAUCGCGCGAUCUGGCCGCCGGCGCGAGACCGCAGGGUCCAUUCUCCACACGCUGAUCUAACGAGGGUCUUGCUCUUGGAUUAAUUACUUCCUUACUACUCUUAUUAAUAUGAGUGAUUCCACUAUCAAACUGCUAUAGCACAAGAAUAUUCUCCCGUUUGAGAGUUCACAAUCACCCGUUUUUAAACUGCUCCUUUUGUAUUUAGCAGUUAUUAACAAAAUACAUUAAGAUGCCUUAAUAUUACACGUAACGUUUUACCAGAUGUACCCGAUAGGUACACUUAAAGAAGUACAAAACGAAUUUAUAUGAAGUACUCUUACAUGUUUUAUAGUGGACAGUCCCUAGAAGAUAAUAUUUUAUUUGACACUUAUAUUGACCAACUUAUAGUUUGCUCCAUCAUUUUGCCAUAUGAAUAUCGCAUAUAGUAUAUAAGAGCAUGCCUACAUUCCUUCGGUAACAUCAACUUUUCGAAAUUGAACUUUGUGAUCAACUAGUACCUAUAUUAGCCUGAAUUUUGAUUUUUUUAGAUUAUUCAGUGUAACCAAUAAGUACAUUACUGUUCUCAAAUUUAGAAAAGCUAUAUUGAUCUUAUUUUUUGUUCAACUAAUUUUGAUGACUUGAUUUGAUACAUUUUUUAUGUUGUAUGGGUGUAAGUUUAUUUGGUGUUUGUCGUAUAUCUAAACGCACGGUUUACUCGUUUAUAGCAAUAAAUUAAAAUGUGUAAGUGAAGUUUUGCGAUUUUCUAUUAUCUCUAAGAGAUGGUUGAUUUUGACUGGGAAUUGUUUGUAUAGGCAGGUGUUAUAAGGAGCUGGUAGCUGGAUGUCUGGUGCCACUGGCCAGUGCCUUUGGCGCUGACCUGGCAAGUAAUAUGCCAGUAAUCCGCCAGUGAGACAGGUGCCAGCUAUUGACUCUAAAUAAAUCUGCCUUUAGGUUAUACCACAAAAGGUACAGGUAGCUCACCCCUCAGUAAGUUUGUAAAGAAUGCAAUGGGUACAGGACCAUAUAUUUUGUGUUUUGUACCUAUGUAUAUUCAACAAAGAUGUCCAGUAAACUUUUUGAUGUCCACUUACGCCUAUUGAGGAGUAAGCCUAUCGUAUCUCUGUUCUAGUUUAAUUGUGUCUGAUUGUAUUCUAAUGACAGAUAUCCUGACCUUAUAAAUUAUACUAUCAUCUCACUUAUUCUCUAAGUAAAACGAAAAAAGAUAUGUUAAAAAAACAAUCAAUAUUUCACGUUACAUUUCAUUCCAAAGACAAGUAUGUUAAAUAGUUUUUCUGAAAUAUAACCACUGUAAUGGAAACUAACAUUAUGAUACCAAAGGUCGAAUUUUACUAGGCAUUCCUGAGGUGUUUUAACUGAAUAUUUAAAAUCCUAUAAUGAUACUAACAUUAUGUUUAAAGGGCUUGAGGCUACUGCUAAAUGCAGAAAAUUGUCAGCAGUAUUUUUGACUACCACUGUAUAUACAGUCAUGAUUUCAUGAUUUGGCAAUAUGUAUAGUAAAACAAUA